UUCUGAGCCACUUACCCAGUUACCCACCCUACCCAGUCGCAGAGCAACCAGCAACUGCGUCAUGGCAAAGAAAACCAACGACUCUCAAGGACCUGUCUCUUCUUCCGCCACCAAGACCCCAGAAGAAGCUUCCCCUCGGAGAAUGGUGUUGAGGGUCAGACAAGGCGAGGCGAAAAAGAGGUUAUCAAGCUUAAUGAGAGCUGAGGAAGGGGAAAAGAGGGCCGUGUCAGUCAAAAGAUCGAAAACCAAGCAGAAGAAGAAAGGUGCAAAAGUUGAUCCCAAUAUGCCCAAGAAACCACCAACUGCAUUCUUCUAUUUCUUGGAGGACUUCCGCAAGGAAUUUCAAGAACAAAAUCCAGAUGUUAAGACUAUGCAGAAGGUUGGAAAGGCGGGCGGAGAGAAGUGGAAGACAUUGUCAUAUGAGGGCAAAGUUAAAUACUAUGAUAUAGCCAUGAAGAAACGAGCUGAGUUUGACGAGGCCAUGUCAGAAUAUAUCGAGAGAAAGGAAAGUGGCGAGGGUGACGAAACUGAGGAUGAUGAAGAUUACGAUAUCUGACAAACAUGCCUCAAUGGGGUGAAAGCAGACCCAUCUGUAUGCUAAUAAUCUGUUAUUGAAACAACCGUCCAUGCCCUGUAUUAUUUUUGUCUAUAUCUUUUCAGGAUUGAAUUUCA